AUGGAGAGCCUUUAUGUAGAUGCUCGGGGUCACGCCCAGCCUCAGUCCAACGGAAAGGUGGAGAGUAUGAACCAGGAGGUUCCUGAGGAGUCGCUCCGGCCCUGGCUCCGUGGACCCCGGGCCAGACUGAAGCUCUUGCGGUUGAUGAGUGGUUCAGGCGCGAAGUGUGGAGUGAUGCUCACGAGACUCCAGCGCCCCGUCCACUGUCAAAAGGAGCAGGCAGACGCCACCGCAUCCUGUUCUCUUUGUGGCUUAACUGGCUUCCAUCUGCCCUCCACCCACAUCCACACCCCCAUCUGCCAGCAGCUGUCAAAGGUCAGCACCUUGCCAGGUAAAGUGGAGACAGCAGCCAUUGAGACAGAGCUGCUGAGGGACUACAGGUUUGGCCAGCAGCAGCUCAUAGAGAUCUGGGGGCACGCCUGUGCCAUCGCCAUCACCAAGGCCUUUCCUCUGACCUCCCUGGCUAAGAAGCAGCCGACAGUGUUGGUGGUCUGUGGUCCUGACCAGAAUGGCUCCAUCGGCCUUGUGUGUGCCCGCCACCUGCGCAUAUUCGAGUACGAGCCCACCAUCUACUAUCCCAAACGCACUCCUAACACCAUUCAUCAGGACUUCACAGUUCAGUGUGAGAAGAUGGACAUCCCAUUCCUCUCCUAUCUCCCAACAGAGGUGCAGCUGAUCAACGAUGCCUAUAACCUGGUGAUCGAUGCCAUCCUGGGGCCAGAGACUGACCACACAGACGUGAAGGAGCCCUAUGCUGGCAUCCUAGUCACCCUCAAGCAGGUCAAGAUCCCCAUCGCCAGUGUGGACAUGCCCUCAGGUUGGGAUGUGGACCAGGUGACCUCAGAUGGGAUCAAUCCAGACGUCCUCAUCUCGCUCACGGCACCAAAGAAGUGCGCCACCAGCUUCUCGGGGAAGCACUUCUUAGCAGGACGCUUCCUGCCUUAUGACAUCCAAAAGAAAUACGAUCUGAACCUGCCAGAAUACCCAGGCACAGACUGUCUUAUAGAACUGUAACAUCUACAGUACACCCUCCAGUCCUCAUUUUGGAUAAAUAUGGAUAAUAUAUUUACAUGUUUUGUAUUUUAUAGAUUGUUACUGUGCUUUAUC